AGAGCGUGUAUGAAGUGCAAGGAAAAUGACGUUACCCGACAUCCCGGCGCGGUAGAGUGCGUUUUCUUUCGAUCGAGAACAUUCCUGUGCGUUCGGAGGCGGUGACUCGACGUCACAGGCAUGACGUUGUGCAGUUACUUGAUACCCCCGUAGUAGCGGAGCUCUGUGCAGCAUCCCUAGUCUCGCAGUCACUGUCAACAUUCGUCGUCUUGGCGGGAACACAUCCACGCGGCGGUGGCGGUAGCGGCGUCGCCAUGGGCCGGCCAGCAGCACCAGCGGAGCCGGACUGGCGCACGAGAUUUCAGCGGGAGAAGCGACAUUUUCUGCGAAGAAACUCGUGGAAAGCCUUCAGAUGUUAACGUCAGAUCCCGACAUGGACGAGCUCCACCGCGUGGCAGCUUCUUUCGAGCGAAAAAUGUUCUCAAUGGCGACCAACCAGGACGACUACCUCUGGAGGAUUUCCCAGAAGAUGUUGUACAUAAAGAGCAAGGCCCUCAUGCUGCAAGCAAGGAACACCAGCUCCGUGGAUUCAUCAGGGCCAGUUACCAGUGGUGAGGGAAGGACUUGAUGGUUGAUGCAUGUACAGAAUGAGAUUAAUGCAUGUAUUGAGUGAUGCUGAUGCAUGUAGUGAGUGAAUGUGAUGGAUGCACGGAAUGAAUGUGGCAUGUACAGAGUGAAUGUGGUGCAUGUACAGAGUGAAUGUGAUGCAUGUGAUAGCUCCGCAGCGGCCAUGGCCAAGGCAUGGGAAAGCAUGUCUCAGCAGCAGUCAUGCAUGCGCUUGCGACGUUCGGUACUCCUCCCAAUCCGCCAUUUGGUCCUGCCAAGAUUGUGCGUUAGUUAUUGUCAAAUUACGGUAUAUAUAUAUAUUUUUUUUUUAAUUUUUUUUUUUUGUUCAGGCUUGGUAGGUGUUUU